GUCGGGAAGACCGAGAAGUUGAAUACAUAAAGCUAUGUGUAGGUAGAUUUUGGCAUAUCGAGAAUUUCCUUCUUUCCAAGUCUCUCAAGUCUCUCGUUUCCAAUUGCAAAAAUGCAACCCACGGUCUUUACCAUCGCCAAUUUUGUCUUCCUUUCGGCUAUUGCAGCCAAUGCUACACCUGUUCUGCAACUGACUCCACGAUCCGAUGUUAAUAUCACUGGCUACAAUUAUGGAGGAUGCUAUACUGAGGCAACGAACAUGCGUGCCCUUACGGGCGAUGCAUAUUUUGACGACCUGAUGACGGUGGAGAAGUGUGCAGCAGCUUGUAGCACUUUCUCUCGUUUCGGUGUCGAGUAUGGGCGAGAGUGCUAUUGCGGAAACUCGAUCAUGCCAGGAAGUGUAUCUGCUCCCGAGACCGAUUGCAGCUUUCCAUGCCCGGGGGAUGCAGGAGAAUUCUGUGGUGCCGGCAACAGACUCAACAUGUAUACGAAAGCAGCUUCACUUGGGUCUACAACUACGCAAACCCUUUCGACAUACUCCACGCUUGGCUGCUAUACUGAGCCAAGCGAUUCUCGUGCUCUGACUAGUCUCACGGUCGUCGAUGACACGAUGACUGUUGAGCAAUGUGGUACAGUCUGUGGUAGCCAUGGUUACUCUAUGUUCGGAGUCGAAUACUAUGAUGAGUGCUAUUGUGGAAACUCACUUAAGCCUGGAAGUGUUCCAGCUCCCUCUACUGACUGCAAGUAUGCUUGCAAGGGUAAUUCUUCAGAGCUCUGCGGAGGUGACUGGCGAUUAAACUUAUAUCAGUGGUCAAACACAACCUUAUCCUCCAUCUUAGCAUCGUCCGUCUCCAACAAUUUCACUGAAGUCGGUUGCUACACCGAAGCAGUGGGUAUCCGAGCACUUAGCAUGUCUACCUUUGACGAUGAUGACAUGACUGUGGAACAGUGUGCUGGUGUUUGUAAAGGAUACACUUGGUUCGGUGUCGAAUACGGCAGAGAGUGCUAUUGCGGGAAUUCUAUCAAUGCUGGGAGUGUCCCUGCUGCCCCUACGGAUUGUAAUUUCCCUUGCGCGGGUGAUAGUACCGAGCUCUGUGGAGGCUCAAACAGGUUGAACAUGUACAAUUACGGAACUGUUACAUCAUCAACUCAACUCUCGAGUACUAGCAGCACCCUAUCAAGCUCUUCGCUGCUUUCAUCGAUUACAUCUACUUCGAGCCUGGGUGUCUCCAGCACAUCAACAUCAGUUUUGUUUACCCCUACGUCCUCCUCUCUCGCCAGCUCAUCGCAGCUUUCCAGCUCUUCCAGCUCUUCCAGCUCUUCCAGCCAGCUUUCAUCAAGUAGCUCUCUACUCAGCUCAUCGUCCAGUUCGAUGCCCAGUUCGAGCGUCAUUGUGAGCUCCUCGGCCUCCUCGACUAUUGUCUCUAGCUCGAGCCUAUCCUCGACCCUCUACUCCACAUCUGUGAGCAGUUCCUUUAUAACUUCAGUGACAUCCUCGAGCGUCUCUUCGUCUGCCGCUACAUCAUCAUCCGCUGCUGCCAGCUCUUCAUCUGUCGUAUCCUCAUCAUCGACCACGUCGACAACUUCCGCAGCCUGGUCAUGCAAAACACCCCUCCUAGACCCCAGCUUCGAAGAGACCAACUCUGCAAAGGUCCCAUGGCAGAUAUACAACCCGCAACCCAACUUCGUCACCUAUAACUUCCAGGCUCCAAGCACAGCUUCUAACCCUUCUGUCGAUGGUUCUCAACAAGCUUCGAUCACAUAUACAUAUGGACCGAACAUACAAAGCUGGUUCUACCAAGAUGUUAAUUUGUGUCCCAGCACGACCUACACAUUGAGUGCCUGGACCAAAUACACCAACACGAUUGCCUACGUAUUUGAUGCUGUAUAUUAUAUCUCAACCACAGACCAGACACAAAUUCUCGACAUCAUGUCGGAAGUUGUGGUAAGAGAAGGCGUUGGUUGGGUUCACAGCACUGGGACGUAUACAUCGGAUGCGGUGAACACGAACAUCGCGUUUAAUGUUCGGAUGAUCAACCCUGGGUCUGUAAGCUAUGCUAGGACAUUUUAUUUUGAUGCCAUCUCGUUCACGGCGCAGUAAAGGAGCGGAGAUGAUGCCGAGGUUUUUGAGUACGCAUUGUGUUGUUCGACUCUUGUCGAGCUUCAUCAUAGGCUUUGUAACUAUUAUGCAUGAAGUACUUUUUCCUUGGCAUGAACUACGUGCGGAGGGUUCUGAAUUGCGUAGGCCUGACAUUCUUUAGAAGACAGUCGGGACAUAUCCGAGGCUGAUGAGCAGUUAGCUGGAUUUAGUCUAAUGGAGAAGAUACUCAAUUACAUUCAACAAUUAACUUCGUCAAGGACGCGAUAAUGCAGUAGCUAUUGGAAUAUUCACUCGGAG